CACACACAUGCCGGUUAGAAACGGCACCGUCUUCAUGAUCAAACACUUGGAUUUAUGUAUUCUCCUAUCAUGGCUACCUGCACCUUUGUUUCCAAACUUGUUCCCCUGGUGAGAGGCGCGUCCGUGGCCGUGCGUAAAACCGUCCGUGCGUUCUCGUGCGCAGCCGCUCGUUCCCAGCUCCACCGAACGGAGGGCGCAGGGGUUCUAUCCGGGAAGGUGGACCGGUUCGGUGGAGUGACAGUGAACCUGGCAGACCUCGGUUUACCUGCGGACAUCAGCGAAAGUUCAUUCAGCAGAUUAUUACAAGAUUCUUUGGCCCAGUGGAGAGCUGAGGGGAAGGUUGCUGUGUGGCUUCGGGUUCCCAUCAUGCUCAGCCGAUGUGCGGCCGCCGCCUCCACCCACGGAUUCACCUUCCAUCACGCCAAACAUGACCACACUGUCCUCGCUCUGUGGAUGGGGGAAGGAGAAAGCAGGCUGCCGGGGUUUGCAACACAUCAGAUCGGAGUAGCAGGGGCAGUUGUUGAUGAGUCCAGUGGGAAAGUCCUGGUUGUCCAAGACAGAAAUAAGACAAAGAAUGCGUGGAAGUUCCCUGGAGGUUUGUCUGAUCCAGGAGAGAAUAUUGGUGCCACUGCAGUCCGGGAGGUCUACGAGGAGACGGGCGUUCGCUCUGAGUUCAGGUCUCUGCUCAGUAUCCGGCAGCAGCACAACCACCCCGGCGCCUUCGGCAUGUCGGACAUGUACAUCAUCUGCCGACUCAGCCCGCUCACCUACGACAUCAACUUCUGCACUCAGGAGUGUCUGCGCUGCGAGUGGCUGCCCCUCGCUGAGCUGGCCCAGACCAACGCCACCACGCCCAUCACCACCCGGAUCUCCAGGCUGCUGCUUCACGGCCUGGAGCGGGGCUUCGACAGCAUCGACCUCACCAUGGAGGAGCUCCCCGCCGUCUACUCAGGGAUGUUUUACCAGCUGUACCACAGGCAGCUUCCGCAAACUCCCAAGUCUUAGCAACACACCGACCUGAUGAGUUCUAGCGUACCGCGGCCUCUGUACUGACACUCUGUCGUCAGUUUUAAUCGUAUUUAAAGUGUAUUUAUGACUGGGUUUUGAGAUUGCAGUGUGUUGACACGUUAACUGUUACAGUUUUAGAAAUAUGGUGCAAUGGUGUAUCCGGAAACACACUGAUUUUACAGUUUCAAGGAAAUCAUCUGUGGUACAAAUCAGGCUGUAGUUGUAUACAGUCUCUGUAAUUACACUCUUUUUUUGCAGCUGUUAGGGAAUUGUAGCUGUGUACAGUUUUUAAAGACACUUAACUGGAGUGUUCACAAGGGAAAAAUCUAUUAAUUUUAUGAAUUUAACGUUUAUUCUACUAAGUCCCUCUUGAUGUAAGAUGUGUUUUUAAAGGGAGACCUGGGAGAUCACAUCACACAAGUGAGGGUUUUAGUUUGUUAGGUUGCUUUAACACAACUGUCUCUGCUUUUAUCCAACAGACGUUAAUACACUGUUGAGCAUAAAGUUGGAAUAAGAUUUUUACCUCUUUUAAUGAAAUGAUUUAUUCUUGACAGGGACUCGGUAUAUAAUCAUUGUACCAGGUCAAAGGUUAUUACUGAUGUGUAUAAAUAGGAAUAAAAAGAGCAAUGGGGAAACAAAAUGAUUCCCACUUUAUGCUCAACAGUGUAUAUUUGACAAACAGUGGUAGCGUUCAAAUGGUUUUUCUAAUAAAUGGGUCCACCAGCUACGGAAAAAAUUAAUAGACCAUCAAAAGUCAUCAAAAACAACGGUUAUGCAAUUUAAGUACUAACUCCCGUGUGUAUCAUGUGACUAAAACAGACAGAAAAGAAAACAUGGAAUGCCUAAAAGC